AUGAGCGGUUCUCGCACUCGUUCGCUGCCUCCAUCUCCUACAGGAACAAUCAGGUCCGGCGCUUUCUUCCCUUUGGCUUCGGUUCACAUCAAGAUAGAGAUUUCGGAAGUGAAGAAUGCAGAUUCUUCGCAAUGCAUGCGAGUCGCAAUUAACAUCCAGCCUUUGAUUACGUCUGAGCUCCUACUCGGCUGUACGGAUUGCAUUUCGGUCGUUCCCAACGAACUUCAGGUGCAAAUCGGGUCCCAUUCAUUCACCUAUGAUUAUGUUUAUGGCGGCAUAGGCUCGCCUUGUUCUGCUCUCUAUGAUGAUUGUGUUGCUCCUCUUGUUGAUGCGCUAUUCCAUAGAUACAAUGCCACAGUUCUUGCAUAUGGCCAAACGGGGUCUGGGAAAACGUACACGAUGGGGACUAACUAUACAGGGGAAGAAAGGAAUGGUGGAAUUAUACCUAAAGCAAUGGAAAGUAUAUUCCGAAGGGUUGAGGCGAUGAAAGAUUCCACGAAAUUUUUUUAUCAAAGUAUCAUUCAUUAA